UUUAAAAAUGAAAAAAUCUGCAAAAUGCGGGACUGUGGGAUGUAGUCAUGCCGCGUCUGCUUAUAUUCCUGACCUUGCUAAGCAUUCAUGUGCUGAAUGAACUGCUACUUUACAUAGUCAAGAAGAGGCAGAUGGGCUUCCGGAUCUUUAUAUUGCUUCGCAUUCUCUUGGAUAUGCACAAUUUCUGCUUGAACAAGCCUCUGAUCUAGUGAGCACUCAUCAUAUGGACAAUGAUUGGAAGGAUCUUGAAGAGGAAUAUGAGCAAUUUGAUCUAAAAUUACAAGAGCUUCUAGAAAAUUUUCCUACAAACCCUGACUCAAAGGAGAUCUGGAGCUUAACCAAGGAAUGAAAGACUUUUGUGAACUGUUUGAAGAAAUCUGAUAUAAUGGAGAGAUUCUUCAAUUACAAAAUGUAUUUCCAAUACAUCACGCAAAGACCAGAAGAUUGAAUGACUCCUUCACAACUCUACUUGUCCAGGAAGAGCAGUAAGACUAGCUCUGUCUUCAGCAAAUCUGAUCGUAAACUUCGAAAGAGAGACCUCAAAACCCUACAUAAGAGUGAGGAGAAGAGGUUCUUACCAUAUUGGAGAGAACAAGAGGUUAUCAAGCAAAAUGAGAAGAUUAAAACUGAAUUGCAAGAUACCAUCUCUACUAAGCAAAAAUCAAUAGAUUUGCUCAAAAAGUUCAAGACCAAAUUUGAGACCAAAACAAGAGGCGUUGUCAGAAAUCUCAAUAUGGAUCUUCCUAUCGAAGAAAAGAAAGUGCCUUCCUCUUUAUGCGAUCAGAGCUUGGAUACAGAUCCUCUUUCAAAAGAGCAGAUUUGUAUUGAUUCUUAUAAGCCCUUAGAAGAAAUCCUCACACACUUUUGGAAAGGACCAAUCUCUAUUGACAGUGAUUUUAGCCUGAUGCUCAACUGCAACUGGACACAUGAUAGUAUAAAUUUGAUGGAAGAGCUCUCAAAGAUAGUCUUACCAAAGAUUGACAUGGUUAAUAUUUAUUAUGUAAACAAGCUGUCUUUAAAAAGGAACAAUGAUGAAGUUCAAACUCUGAACAAGUUCCUCAAAAAAUCUAUCCCGAAGGGCCUGGUUAACUUCAAAUUUAACCAGAAUGAUAUGGAGACAAGCUAUCCUUUCAAUUUCUUCGAUGUUUCGCUGCAAAGCGUUGCUAGGAAAGUUGUGAACAACUAUGAAUUAAGUUAUUGCAACCUGAAACAAAAGCAGUUUGAAAGCAUCGUGCUGGCUGGGAGAAAUUGCAAGAAGAUUAUUUUCAACAAUUGCACAAUAGAGUCAACUUACCCUUGUAACUUUACUGGGAUAGAUACCGGUAUUUUAGACUCAGACUAUGACUCAGAAAAGGAGAGCAAACUUAUGUUCGAAGAAUUAGACUUCAGAUAUUCAGGAAGAAGUGAGAGAAGCAAGUGGAACGAAGAGAUCGAGAGAUUCGAGAACAUAAUCAUUGGGCUACAGCAAGCACAGGGAUUACAUAGGUUCAAAAGAAUCAACAUUCACAAGUGUGGUAUCAGUCAGGAAGCAGCAUUGGAUGUCUUGGAAACCCACGGGUUUGAAAAUGUAGAGGUUAUAGGUGGAGAUGAUAAAUAGAGAUUACUGAUAAAAUAUGACAGCCUAAUCGUG